UGAUCACUCCGUCAAUCUUUCCACCACCGUAACGAUUCAUGGCGAGUCUCUGUAUCUCAUCGUCCCGGAUCAUCUCUCUUCACCACCAGAAACCCUUUCUCUCUCUUAAACUCCGGCCUCGUUCGUCCGAUCUCUCCGGUCUAGGUCACAGUACUAGUGCUGUUUGCUUCAAUCCUCUAAGGUUAUCGGCUGAUCGUCAACCAACCGCUACGGUGUCUACGAGGGUCGAGAAGCGGCGAAAGAGAGGAUCGAGUGUGGUCUGUUAUGCUACUCCAAUGUUGUCUGUUCAAAAUCUACAAUGGAUCUCGACAAUUUCUUGCGUUGCAUUGAUGUUUGCAAGGGGUACUGGUAUACAUAAGUCCUUUGUUGUUCCACUAUUCGCACUGCAAGCACCAUUGGGCAUUAUCUCCUGGAUGAAGGGUGAAUAUGGCAUCUGGGCAGCAUUCUUGGCGCUUCUUACUCGACUAUUCUUCGCUUUUCCAGGUGAACUUGAGCUGCCCUUCAUUGCUUUACUUUUGGUGAUUGUGGCCCCAUAUCAAGUUAUGAGCAUAAGAGGGAAACAAGAAGGGGCUAUUCUUUCUUUAGCAAUCUCUUGUUUUCUGGCUUUCCAGCAUUUCUCACGAGCAGGCAGCUUGCAGAAAGCAUUUGAUCAGAGUUCAGUUCUUGCCACUGUAGCCAUAGUUGGUGUCACAGUUGUAUCGUUCCUUUUCUUGAUAUAAAUAUGCUCCUGAUAAAAGGACUCAUCUGUAAAUCACUGUAACAAUGUGUAUGAAGAGACGAAAUAAUGUACUGUAUUAUUUACUCGAUUGCAAUACUCAAUUCAACGUGCUUGCAUUUAUCCGCUU